AUGGCACCUACAAUGGCACCGACCAAGGCGCCGACGAGAGUUCCGACCCAGGCGCCGGGUCUACAGCUGACCCCGCCGUCGAAUACACCAACGACGAACGGGGACAUUGGCGACGUUCUUGCUGCCCUUCCGACGGAUCCGGCUAUCCCUCAGCCAGUCUUAACAUCCGAGCGCAACGUCGCCGCCUGGCCGAGCACGCCAGGGUACCAGUCCUUCCAGGCGUGGCUGAAGCAGCGCUGUGCCAGGAUCCAAGGGCAGCCGAUCCGACGGGGAACAGAGGGUGUACAUGCCGAGCUUAUGGACAUGCUGGACGCCCUCAUGAGCUGGAUCGAGGAAGUGCCGCCCCAGCCACAGAGCUCGCAGCGGUUUGGAAAUCUCGCCUUCCGGACGUACAUUAGCUUGGUAGAGCAACGCCUUCCCCCGAUGCUGGACUGGAUGGACGAACGGCUACGGGGCCAGGUCCUCCCGCUGUUGAUCCAGAGCCACGCCUUUGGCCACAAGACGAGACUCGACUAUGGAACAGGACACGAGCUCGCUUUUGCAUGCGCUCUGUACUGCAUCACCCUGUCCCUCGCCAUGUCCAACGACCCCGGGACGGACGCAAUCGCCGACGACCUCGUUCUGCGUGUCUUCCCACGGUAUCUCGAUCUCACAACUCAGCUGCAGGCGACAUACCGUCUCGAGCCUGCCGGUUCGCACGGUGUUUGGGGCUUGGACGACUACGUCUUCCUCCCGUACUACUUUGGCUCUGCGCAGGUGUUAGGCAGCGACCUGACACCGGCCCAGGCGCUGAAGGACGCGACGAGACCGGGAACGAAGCCGGAAGACUUCGAGGACAUGUACACGCUCGCACUGCACCGCGUCGGCUACUUCAAGAAGGGUGCGCGGUUCUCAGAACAUUCGCCGCUGCUGUACUCUCUGUCCCAGUUCCCAAACUGGGUCAAGGUGCACGCAGGGCUGGGAAAGAUGUUUGCAGCCGAAGUGCUCGGCAAGCGAGUCGUCGCGCAAGGUCUCUGGGUCGGAGGAUGGCUGUGGGGCAACCCCCUGCCGCAUGUGGAGAGGGAGGAGGCGGACAAGCCCAAGAGUCCCUUCACUGCUGCGCCGAGCGCCGCCUCGCCCUUCCCAGCAACGAGCGCGCCAGGCCGCACCACCCGACCGAGGUGA